GAGAGAGAGAGAGAGAGAGAAGCGAAAAUGAAAUGGUGAGCAAAACAGUGCGAGAGCAGAAGCGAAGAUUCCUAGGGAGAGAAACAGUGGAAUCAAGAGAGAGACAGAGCAAUCUAGAGAAAGAGAGGAGAGAGAGAGACUGGUGAUGACGAUGGACAGAGAGAAGGAGAGGGAAAUUGAGCUCGAGAGUGCAAUGUACACUAACUGUUUGUUGUUAGGGCUCGAUCCGUCCAUCAUCGGCGUCGGAGGUAACAACGGCGCUCCUCGCGUAGGCCUCUUCCGCCACUCCAACCCUAAGUUGGGCGAGCAGCUUCUCUACUUCAUCCUGUCUUCUCUCCGAGGUCCUGUUCAAUCCGCUAAGGAUUUCGACAAGGUUUGGCCAAUUUUUGAUUCCACGCAAUCUCGCGAUUUCCGAAAGGCCGUGCAAGGUAUAAUCAGUGAGCUAGAAUCGCAAGGAGCGCUGCCGAGGAGCAAUUCGAGGGUUUCGUCCCUUGCUACUUGUUGCGGACCAAGAUUUGUUGAACUUUUAUGGCAACUUUCGUUGCAUGCUUUGCGAGAGGUUCAUAGACGAAUGUUUCCAGCUGAUGUAGCUUCUAACCCACUGCCUGCUUCAUUGACAGAUGUAGCUUUUUCGCAUGCAGCUACUCUACUUCCUGUAACAAAGGCUAGAAUUGCUCUUGAACGUAGGAGGUUUCUAAAAAAUGCGGAGACAGCAGUCCGUAGGCAGGCUAUGUGGUCAAAUUUGGCUCAUGAAAUGACUGCAGAGUUUCGUGGUCUUUGUGCUGAAGAGGCCUACCUUCAACAAGAGCUAGAAAAAUUGCAUGACUUGAGGAACAAUGCAAAAUUGGAAGGUGAAAUGUUGGAUGACCGUAUUUCCAGUUCUAAUCAGAAUGUUGCGAAGGCUACUCGCUUGUGGGAGUCCUUAUUGGCUCGUAAGAGUCAACAUGAAGUUCUUGCUUCAGGCCCAAUUGAGGACUUGAUAGCUCAUCGUGAGCAUAGGUACCGCAUUUCCGGAUCUUCUUUGCUUGCAGCAAUGGAUCAAAGUUCUCAGCCUGGUGAUCUGGCUUCUGCACAUUUAGAUGACAGAGAACAGACUGUUAAUUUAAAUAGAGAAAAGCAGAAAAGCAAUUCAGAAUCAUCUCAUCUACAGGUAAAUGAUGAGAUGCUUUCUCGAGUGGAUGAUAGAAGUGGAAGAGCCCACCCCACUGUUGAUAUUGCAGAAAUUCUUAGGCGCUGGACACAUGCAUUACAACGUAUUCAUAAACAGUCGCUUCAUCUGGCAAAAGCUAAUGAUGGUGAGGGUCCAGAGCUUCUACGUAGUUCACAUGAUGGAAAUGGCCAUGCUGAAUCUUUAGCUGCUACUCUUGCUGAGCAUCGACAACACCUGACCAGUAUAGAGGUGCUUAUAAACCAACUGAAGGUGGUUGCUCCAUCAAUAGAAAAGUCGAUAGCAGAGCUUACAGAGGAAGUGAAUAGUGUUUCCUCUAGUCUCCCUCUGAUGACCAAACAUCAUGGGAGAUCUACCUCACCUAUCCAAGCUCAGAGCAGUGGAAGGACAUUGGAAAGUAGCACUGAUGAAGCUGCUGAGGUGACAUCAAAAUUUUCAACUGUGCAGCUUGAUAAGGCUGCAGCCAGUCCUCCUACUUUGAAACUACCGCAUUUAUUUAGUUUGACGCCAAAUUCUUCUGGGAAAGGAGGAAACAUGCAAAAGCGGCAAACUGUAGCUUGUCAAACCAGCCAAGUAGAAAUUUUGUCAGAACGAAAGUCUAUGGAUCAGUGUCUGUCAAACAAUCAUGUGGAUAAUCCUACACAAGAUACUGACAAUUCUUAUGUUCAAAACUUAAAGAGAUCUGUUAGAGAAGCCGCUCUUUCAAUGCAAUCCUGCAAUUUGGAAUCAUCACGAGAGAGUCACUCUGAUGUUAGUUCUGAGCAUUUCUUUGUGCCCCUUUCAGCUUCUGGGUUUUCUCAUUUGAGCCCAGAGAAGAAAGCAGUUGCAAUAAAGAGUAAACUGUCAUUUAUGUCCCAAGCUGACACUUCCUUCCUUGAGAAUCGUGCUCCUGAUGUUAUUGAUGAACUACCAGAUGUGUUGAAUGAUUUGAAUUCACUUCAUGAGUAUGACGGAGUAAAUGGGUUUCUCUCCGAAGCUGGUGCAAAUUACAAUGCUUCUGAUACUCGGAGGUUGUUUUAUGACAUGGAGGAAGGUCAGGCCUUCUCACCUCCUUUGCUAAUAGAUUCAUCACUUCUGGCAGAUCCAUACGAGGACUUACUUGGUAAGUUGCUCUGGUCACAAGCUAUUCCUAUUUUUUAUUCUUUGGUGGUUUUUUGCUUUGUACCUUUGAUAAGUUCCUCUUCAAACUCCUUUAAUUCCUGUAAGAAACAUAAAAUGUUCGGGAUCUUCUUUGAAAAGCAUAAGAUGUUUGGGUUUUCCUCGACAUAUUUUUAGAAAAGAAUGAUUGCCUUUACCUGUAUCUGUAGCACAUUUACUGCUGUAGCGCUUGCCCCUAGAUUCCUUAAGAAAUACAAUUUCUGCAAUGUAGAAAAUUAUGGUAUGGUAAGAUGGUAAAAUAUCAUCCAUCUUGUAGAUCCUGCUGGGGCCCUGGGCCACAUACCAUAGUUGCUGUUAAGCUGAAGGUUGUGCAUAAGAAGAUCUAAGCACUGCAGGAGGAAAAGAAAAAUAAGGGGGUAAAAAACAAACAGUCACGGAUCUAAGCAGUAUUGCCAAGUCCCUUUAUUUUAAGCAGCCUACCCUCUUUACUUGAGGAUCGUUUGGAACCAUCUAUCGAAAAAUACUUUUCUACGAGUGCUUAUUGAGUAGUCUGGGAUUACCAACUAUGAGUGCUUUUUAACUGCUGAGUUUGUUCAUUCUCUUACAUUGCUGAGCUUGUUCACUAUACUUUACCUUGCUCUCUUGCAGCUCCACUCACGGAAACCGAAACUGCAAUGUUGGAGCAUUAAUAAUCAACUUCUGCACAGCCUCGCUGCUAUGUUCUCCAGGAUGUACUAUGCCUGUAAUGGUUUUUGUUUUCAUUCUUCAGAUGGGGUAUUACCCCCACCAUUAUUUUUUGUAUGACAAAUUGCUUGUAUGAUUUCUAUUGUUGUGUCAUCCUGUUCCUUAUUUUUCCCUCCUAUGGUCAUAAUAUUACUAUUUUCAGAGGGAAACUAUGAACUAAUUGGCAACAUCACUGUAUUUGCUCAA